AUGAGCACGAUGAGCGACAAACUGGAGCCUCUUGCAAUUGUCGGCAUGAGCUGGCGGUUCCCUGGGCAGGCGAACUCGGCCAGUGGCUUUUGGGAUAUCCUCAGCCAUGGAAGAUCUGCCAAAUCGCGCAUCCCAGAGAAUCGCUUCAAUGUCGACGCAUACUAUCAUCCAUCAGCCGAUCGGAACGGAUCUAUCACCACGAAGGAAGGCCACUUCCUGAAUGACGACAUUGCCGCGUUCGAUGCCCCCUUCUUCUCGAUGACAGCAGCCGAAGCAGAUGGCAUGGACCCUCAGCAUCGCUUUCUUCUCGAGGUCACUUACGAGGCACUCGAAAAUGCCGGGAUGUCAAUCAAAUCCGUAGCUGGAAGUCAAACCGCACACAUGGUUGGGUGCUUUACCAGUGACUAUGAAGUGCUUUCCGGAAUUGAACUCAUGAUCAACUGA